ACAAUAGAAAUCAGAGCAAAGUUUUGUCUGCUGUAAAUAAUGGCUUGUUGCCCAACAGAAGAGGAAUAUGGCUACGAACAUAGCAGGUUUGAUAGCCUGCGAGCAGGCUCUCAAAGUGAAAUGAGAACCUGCACUGAUGACAUACAAUUUUGAAUACCUGCCCAGUAACAUUUGUUUUUCCAAAUAUGGAAUGUCUAUCCUUAUAUGGUGUUGUUUACAACUUUCGUGCAAACUAAAUUUAGACCGUACAGUUUAAAAAGAUGGCCAAGACCAAUUUGAUCAAUUGAUGUGUUUUUUUAUGCAUCAGUGCUUCAGCAGUUGAGUCAGACAUAAUAUAUAGAGCUCAGUGGAAACAUAUAAAUUAUAGCAUCUGACCAAUGAGAAUUUUGCGUCCCGAUUCGAGACACAGAUAUUCAAAAUUGUAUGCGAUCAGUGCAGGCUCUCAUUUCACCUUGAGAGCCUGCUUGCAGGCUACAGGUUUGAGAAAGAUGUUGACGAAAACUUUCAUUGCCUGAUCUGGUACAAUGUUGUUAAAGAACCAAGGAUGUGUAGAAAUAAUUAACAUGUCUUUUGCCUCUAGGCCAAAUAAAAGUAAUAGUUGGUUCCAGAUUUCCGACUGACCUGUCAAAAAUAUGACCGACCAUAAACAUUUUAUUGACAUUUUCCAGUAGAGAUCAUCUUAUCGUAAAUAGUCAUCAGACUCAUUUGUCUACAAAUUAUUUUGUUUGCUUAUAAUUUAAUCAUUAUCUAGUCAUGUUAAUCAUAGUUUUACACAAGAAACAGUUGAAUAAAAUAUUAGAAACGUACAUUAUUCUGACAUUGCAGCUACUGCUGAAAAAAGACGAAAACGCCUUGAUGUGUUUAUUUCUCACGAAACACAUGUAGCUUGCGGGUGAUCCCGUUAUUGCAUACUUGAGAUAAAAUAUUUUUAAAAUAAAAUGCUUUUCCAACCUACCUACCCAUAUAAAACAUGGCUGUGAAACCUGAAACCAACAAUUAUUUUUAUUUGGCCCUAGGAAAUAUAGGAAAGUGAACUGUCAUGACUGUGGACAGAUACAGGAAGAUAUGGGGACAUUAAAAGGAAGCUUAUUAGAACUGGAUGGGCAAGUGAAAACAGUGAGAGACAGCAAUGCUGAAGUUAGGAAAGAAAUAAAAGAUUUGAAAGAAAAUCUUUCCAAAGUGAACAAAGACGUGGACGAAGUCAAAGUCAUGAUGAGUCAAAUGUUAGAGAAGUUUAAUAUGCUUGAACUGCUCAGCAAACUGCCAUCUCCAGCCGAGGGAAUGUUCAAUACACCUAGGGAAGAUAUUUUGAUUGCUGGUGGCUUGGGUGCGAAACAAAAUGCAGAAAUAUUUUCCUGGGAGAAAAAUGGUUGGUAUGAGAUUUCGCAAAUGAUUGAAGAACGUGAAGGAGCUUCAUCAUUUUUUUAUAAUGAUCAGCUAUUCGUUGUUGGGGGACCGUAUACUAAGACAAUAGAGACCUUGAAUCUCAAUGAAUUACCUUUGAAAUGGAUGGAAUUUUCUGACGAAUUUCCUUAUCAAAGUUAUUAUCAUCAAACUGUUGUUUGCCAACAGAGUGUUGUUCACAUUGGUGGUUAUAAUGAUACCGAUUGUAAAGACUCUAACAUGAUUAGUGAAUUGCAAUUUACCUCACCCUGCACACUGAAAGAGUUGUGCCAAAUGCCCCAGCCACGAACUUGUCAUGGCGCUGAAGCUUUUGAAGAUAAAGUGUUGAUCUUGGGAGGAAUGGAUGAUAAUAAUGAUGUUUUAGAUAGUGUGUUGGAGUUUGAUCCAGAGAAGAAUGAAUGUAAGGAGCUGCGAUCAUUACCACAUCCCAUGAAGAGAAUGGCAACAGUUCGCUGGAGAGAUCAAGUGGUUGUACUUGGAGGUUGUGAUAAGGAUGAUCAAGUUCUGAAUGAUGUUUUCAUGUAUGACUGCAAGACGGGCAAGAGCGCAGCCCUACCAUCCAUGUUGGAGAAGAGAGAUUAUUGUUGUGCAGUUAUUACUGGAAAUACAAUUGUAGUCAUGGGAGGUGAGAAUGAUGAUGAUAGAUUCAGUUCAGUGGAGUGUUUUACGAUGGGAGGUUCUACAUGGAAGUAUCUUCCCAACAUGAGUAAGAAAAGGUGGGGAGGAGUUGCUCAAGUUCUUCCCUCAACAAGGAAAUAUGAGUAAGUUUGACAUUUAAUGUUUGUCCGCAAAUUUAUAUUAGAUCGUUUUGUUCAGAGGUAAAAUUCCACGUAUUUCUCUACCUAAGCUGGGAUUUCUGACCGAGGGUAAUGUAAUACGAAUAGCAAAGUUUCUUGAAGCAACAUGCAAAAGUUGAUUCCAACGCCAUGUUAUAUGAUUAAAAUGUUUUUGUAUAUUUUCUUGUCCCUUACACUGUAGCUAAGUUAUACCCAAACAAUUUCGUUAAACCAGCCUUUGUUGCAGCUGAAGCCAUUGUGACAUGUUCGUAUUGCUAUGUAAAUUAUUUUAAAGUAAAAAAAACUGCUAUUGAUACACAAUUGUUAGAAUUAAAAACAUUAAUUGACAAGUCCUUAUUUUGGGGGCUAUAAGCACAUUUUCCUUUUUGGCACUGAAUUACUUUAGCACCAGUGUAUUUCAAGAAAAGUAGACUGCACUUAAUCAAUCGAUAGCUUAACAUAUGUAUGUAUGUCUUUCAUGGAAAAUAAAGUACAAUUUUUAAUCAUAUAAUCUCAGGUUUCUACAGAAAUUGUUCAUCUUGUCAAUAAUAAGAAAGCUGUGGAUACAACUACCUUUGCAGAUACAACUACCUGAAAAAUACAAGCAGAACUUCGUCGUUUCUGGCGAAGAUCCUUCGUCGUGAAGUUAGUAGCCAUUAAUCCUUGUAUUUUUCA